AUGAGAAACAACGAAUAUGACUUUUAUGUAGAUGAUCAAAUCCAUCUUUAAAAAUAUCAGUUUACUCUAAAAUGCAAAUAUCACACAAAAAUUUCAACUUUAAAAUAGUAUUUGUAAAAAUACAUCAAAAAAAAUUUUGACAUUAUUCAUAAUGAUGUUACUCUAAAUGAAUCUAUGACUUUGGAUGAGGUUUUCUCUAGAUAUUGCUAAAAUACAAUCAUUCUAUUGAUAAAAUCAGAUCCAAUGAUUGAUGUCUUAGUUAAACAUUCAAUUCAGUAUCAAAAUUUAAGAAAGUCAAGACCAACUUCAAAUGAAGGUGUAGAUGAAAUAUUACCUAUAGAAAUAAAAAAGGAGAAAGAAGAUAUAAAAGUAUAAGAUUUAAAUAAUGAAUUGGACACAUUAUCAACUACUACUUAAAAAAAAUGUACUAAUUGUGGAAUUUAAAAUAAAAUGAUUGAGAGCUAUGAAAGUUCUAUAUCAAAUUUAAUAUAAGAAAAUGAAUAACUAUAAAUUAGGAUGA